AUGAACUCCUGCGUCGCUCUCCUCCUGGUCCUCGUGGCUGUGGCGUACGCCCGCCCGCAGUUCAGUCAGCUCCAGGCUACCCACCCUGUCGCUCAGAUUGUCCAAAGGACGCAUCUUCAGGACGACGCCGGCCAGUUCAGUUACAGUGUGCAGGGCUCCGACGGUCAGGUUCGCCAAGAGUAUGGUCAACUGAAGCCCAGAGCUGAUGGUAAGGGACACGUCCUCGUCUACACGGGCAGCUACUCCUACAACGACCCCGAUGGCAAGCGUGUGCAGGUUAACUACGUUGCCGAUGAGAACGGAUUCCAGCCCACUGGAAAUGUGAUUCAUCCAGCACCCGCCCCUCCCCCACCUGCCCAAACAACCUUUUAA